UUUUGGUUCGUAAUAGGCAAAAUUCAUACCGCACUGUAUGAGAGAAGGUUGCGAGCGGCAAUGAGAAACACAGCCGAAAAGAGAAGAAAACUUUUAGCUUGGAUGUGUAGCCGGGAGGAGAAGUAUACAUUUGUGCUGCUAAGACAAAGACGGCAGCGCUAUAGGAUGCUUCUCCUUUUGGCAAAGCAGCGCCGCCGACCAGUGAUUUGGGCUUUCCCUCGUGCCAAUGAGUGGUGGAAUGUGACCGUCCCAGGAUUCACCCACAGACAGUGGGUGCAGAAUUUAAGGAUGUCAGAGGAAACCUUCUCAUUCCUUUGUGCAAAGCUACGUCCAGUGAUGGAAAAGAAAAGCACCAACUUCAGAGCCUGUUUGCCUGUAAGGAAAAGAAUUGCCAUUGCACUGUGGAAGCUGGCUACCAACAGUGAAUACAGGAGUAUAGGUCAUCUUUUUGGUGUCAGCAAAUCAUCAGUGUGCCGGUGUGUGCAGGACUUCUGUAAGUCUGUGUGCACAUUGCUAGCGCCUGAAAUUGUUCAUUUUCCUAACAGGGAAAAGCUCAAAGACAUGGCUGAGUACUUUGAGAACAGGUGGGGCCUUCCACAGUGUGUUGGUGCUAUUGAUGGCUCACACAUACCAAUAAUAGCACCACAAGAAUACCACACUGACUACUUCAACCGAAAAGGCUGGCAUUCCAUCAUCCUCCAGGGAGUAGUGGAUGGCAAGGGACUAUUCUGGAAUGUGAAUGUAGGAAAGCCUGGGAGUUUGCAUGAUGCUCGGGUUCUCCGAUUGUCAACAUUUUGGGAUUGGGUUGGCCAGGGAGGCCUGUACCCUGUUAGCACUAAGAACAUUUGUGGGGUGAAUGUUGGCUAUUAUGUGCUUGGGGACUCUGCCUAUCCUUUACAAAAUUGGCUCCUGAAACCAUUUCCAGACAAUGGGCGCCUAACAACAGAGCAGCAAAUCUACAACAAGAAAACAUCCAGGGCACGUGUUGUAGUGGAAAAUGCGUUUGGAAGACUUAACCCCUUAAGGACCUAG